AUGGCGGGCGGAGGCAGAAGCUCCGCACGGAACAGAGUCAAAUCCUCCUCCAUGGAGGGGUCCGAGGUCGAUCCUCUUCUCCGGGAUGGGAAGCCCAAGCAGAUGCCUCGGAAGGUCAAGAAAGGCGACCAAGGAUUCAUACACUUCAUAGGCGCCAAUCUCAAGGCUCUCCUGUUCUUUUCGCUGGGUUUGGCCGGCCUCACGGCGAUUGCUUCCGUUUUCUAUUACUACGUCUUGAUACCGAGAAGUGACAUGGUUCAUGAUCGUCAGCUGAUGAGAGUAGCCGUGCCGUUGGCUGCCCCAAGGAUGAUGGAUCUCCCUCAGGUCGCGAGACACUCACAGAGUCGUACUGAGACUUAGAAUUCCACUCUCUCUCUCUAUUUUCUCAUUUGGAUAACUGCAAGCUGCCUCAGAAAUAUAAGGACGAUGUUUUUUGCAGUUCCAAGGCGAGCACAGGGAGAGCCUGUACUGGGGCACUUACCGCCCUCACGUAUACUUUGGCAUCCGCGCGAGGUAGCCUAUUGAUAAAUUUCAUUGAAAUCCUUUCCUUCUGCGCAUUCUCCCACCACCUUGUAAAGUUGUUUCCUCUUGUUCUGGUCGUGCUUGACCUUUCAGGACGCCGAGAUCAUUACUUGGGGGGCUGAUGUGGCUCGGGAUGAAAAAUGGUCAAUUUUUUCCACGGCAUUUUUGCCAAGAUUCUGAUGAUCUUAAAAGAUAUGGAUGGAUAGAUCACAAUGGCAGGGACUAUGGACGUCAAGAGCUCGUCGAUCGUGGACUGAAGUUGGUGACUAGUUUCAUAAAAAUGAAAGGAGAUGGCAGUGGGUAUGGAGGAGACUGGGCUGUUAGGGUUGAAGCAGACAAUGAGAAGUAAAUUCUUGAUUCGAUCGUCUUAUUUGUAUUUAUUAAUUUUAUUUUUUAAGUUCUGAUUUCAAAUUCCGCAGUUCUGACCCCAGUCUUAAUUAAUUCUUCUAGUUUUUUUAUUUCUUUCGAUUUAUCACCCGCCAUAUUGUAUUUUUCACUGGGACAUGUAGGGUGCUUAGCAUUAAAGUCUGUGAUUUCCUGAUGGACUAGUUUCUAGCAUUCUUAUGAAAUGAACAUCUGAAUUCGUUGGUUGCUCAUACUCAUCUCCCUUCAUUUUCUUUUGGUCCUUUUCAGGUCUUCUUCGGACGAUGUGGAAUGGGGAACUGCCCAUCUUUUUUUCUACCUUGCUGAUGAAGCAGGGAAUCCCUUAAGCACAGGCCAAGAGGGCUUCACAUUUAGUGAUCAAAUGCUCUUGACCUCUGGUUCCCGAAAGGAUGUAGGUGGUUGGGAACUUCGUCUAUCGUCAAAGGUGCAGACUAUCGAACAACUCGCAGAUAAUGAAAUAUGCUUUAUUUAAUCUCAGUGGGUAACAGUUAGCUAUUUCUCCUGCAUGCUAUUGGCUAUAUAUACCGAUUGGUGUAUGCAAACUACUUAGUGAGCAAAAUUUUAGAAGGGAGAAUAGCAUUUCAGAUCUGGUUGACGGUGUGAUUUCUGACAGAAGAGAAUGUGAAAGACGAAAGGACCAUUUGAUUUGUUCAGACCGUCCUGAUGUUGACAAAGUGAUAUCAAAGUGUAUGUCCAACAAAGUGACGGCAGCUCAUGCCCUUCCCAAGUUUAAAAAUAAUUUUCUCAAGAUAAUUUAUAUUUUAUCAGAGGGAAAUAGAUAGCUACAGAGUCGAUAAAAUGUUUGAAAAUAGGAUAUGGAUCCGAAAAACGGCUCUGGAUUCAUGCCAGUGGCGCGACAGGCUCCUUUGCAUUCUUCUGUGGAAUAGUAUUUGACGUGGGCCAUUCUGGAAUUGAGAAGCGUGAGAUUGAGAAUUUCCUGAUGAUCUCUCCAAAGAACUUCACCUUGCCAGAUAAUUUAUUGACAAUUCCUCACUCUUAGGGUACCAUGAAUAUACAUUUCUUUCUUUCCCCUGAUUUUCAAUUUUGCAUUUGUGACCUCUUUGUGUGAACUCUUGAUGGGGAAAGUAAAUCUUAAAUGCUCUGUAAUGACAUUUUAUUUUUAUUCAUUCCUUUGGUACUUCACUCAUACUGUGGAUCCUGGAGGGUAUACACGGUAGCCCUAUCAAAGGAAGAAAAAGCAAAGUUAACGCACCUUAAAAAUUAUCUUUAAUUUAAUCUAACAUUGAAGUUCGAAGAAGGAUAGCAGUAUCCAAGUUUUUUGUUCCUCGUCUUCGAAAAAAAUUUCUGUCAUAACUAGGAGAUAUGGAUAGAUUGAGCAACACUAGGCAGGGUGAUAGAAAUUGGUAGAGAUAUUUGGUUAAGUUAAUAUUUGGAUGUAAUAAAACAGGCCUAUCUCUAUAAGCCACCUCCACAAUUAAAAUAUUAACUCAAAGAGAGAGGGCAUCACAAGUGUCUCCCGGUUUAACUUUUGGAUAUUUGUGUUCUAGGGAAUCCUUUGCAAGGUGCCCAAACAUUGAGUGCGAAGCAGGCCACCCCUUAAUUAUUUAUUACUUUCAGACUUGCAUUUCCGAUGUAAUCCAAUUUUUUCUCUAUUUAUAUUUAUUUUUAAAGGUUUUAUCGACUAUUUUUGGGUUCAAAUUAUUUAUUUGAAUGAGGUUCCUGCAAGCCUCAAGUUUAUUCCUUUAAUAUUGUUCCUGGUUUAGUUCAAAAUGACCGAAACGACUAGUUGUUUGACGUCAUCCCCUGGCAAUGGAGAUGUAAUCUUUUCAAAAGAAAAUAUUUUUUUCAAUUAGUGUAGCUACAUGAAUGUUCUAUUAUGGGUUAAUUCCCUUGGAAGUUUCUCUUGGAAAUGAGUGUUAACACUCGAUUAGUUUGGGCUUAAAUAAGCUCAAUGUCCUUCAAUUCAAACUUCACUGCUAAUUAUUCUCUCAACUGGAUAAUAUAGUUCGCUGAUCUCAGUAACAUACUACGGCCUUCUCUUCCCAAGGAUCCGGUUAUAGAUGUUUGAGGAUGCAGGAUAUUAGGCCAAGGUUGUGAUUUGAAAGGGAACUCAUUGUUGUCACCAUCUAAAGGAUUGGCUCAAGAACACUUUUAACCGCACAAAAAAAAUCGCAUAUUUUUUCAACAUAACUCAAACAGCAAAAUUUCUCAGUAUAGGAAUUAGUCUUAUUGCAAUAAUAUUUUCUAGAAUGCUGUAACACAUUCUUCAAGAUAUUGAAAAUGAGUAAGUCAUUAACAGUUAACUAUCCUCGACAAAAAAUCAGAGGGCAGAGUAAUGUAUAGGGAAACACUUUUCAUUUGAUUGAAGUUUAAUUGUUUGAAGCCUAAAUGUUGAAAAUUUUGGGAAUUAUACUUUGCUCUUAGAAUUUUUACGAACGAAUUUUUGCUAAUAUAUUCUCCAUUAGGAACGGUUUAUAAUUCGUUGUAAAGGUUUUUGCAGUCGAUAGUGUGAAGAAUAAUUGAUAGUGAAUAGGCUCAAAUUCCAAAAAAUCGACAAUGGGACUAUGGAUCAUGCAGAAUUGGUUGUGUUGCUAUUCCUGCCAUAUUCUUUAAUGCUCCUGCCUACUGUUGGAAAAUGCUUGUGGUAUGUUUGCUUGUAACUUGUUGUGUACAUAGAAUGAUUGUAUACACACUAACAUCUCAGGAUAGAUAUGGAAUUUCCAGUAAUCCAGUGGUUCUCUGGCAAUGGUGUUCAAUGAUUUAAAUGAAUUACAUUAGGCUAUCAUUAACCCCUUAAAGAUACAUCUUGUCUAUUUAAUUUUUCAGUUAAGCUAUAUUUACCUCUUUUUGCAGGAUAGCCUGGAAACCCAUUUUUCUGGGUUUAGAACUCCUCACAUCCACAAUUUAACUGAACUGCUGAUUACUGCGCUCUCAUUCAAUGUGAGUAAGAUUGGAAUAAAUUAGAAAAUGUUUGUGAAGACAAUUGAGUUAUCAUAACAGAUACUCUGUUCUUCAUUGUGCUACCAUUGAAGCAUUUUUUCUUACAUAUAGGCCUUCUUUUCGGUUUAACUUACAGGCACAAAGAAUAGGAAAGUUGGAGCUACCUGAUGCGGCUGAAAAGUUUUCAAAUAUUUUAUUAUUUCAGGUAAUUUUCUUACCAACUAUAAUAAAGAAAGUUACCUUUGUUUAUCUUAGAAAUAAAACUAUGCAUGAAGUGAAGACCUUGUGAUCAAAUUGGCUCGUUCUUUCUAUGUUGUAAAUCCUUUCAAUGAGAAAUUUCGGUAGUUAUGCGGAAUAAUCCUGUCUUGGUUAGAAAUAAACCUGUGAUUACAAGGAUGGACCAUUGCAUUCAUUAUCGCUUGAUUUUGAGUUUUCUGCCCUGAUAUUUUUAGUAUGGUAUAGAAUGGAUGGUUCCUCUUGAACCUGUCCAUCAUAUGAUAAAGCUCAAAAUUCAGUCCCCAUGUUAGGAAACGUGUUAUGAUGGUUCCCUGUUAAUUAAUACAGGAUGUAUUACUUUUGAAUUAGGUCAUUCAAUAACUUUGAUAACCUCCACUUAAGAUUGCCUCACCAUAACCUGAAUUUUUUAGAUAAUCCUCUUUACUUCUUUGCAGAUAUCUGCGAAGCUGCCUUUCAAGUUUGAUGUCGCUUUUGUAUCUGGGACUGAUUUGAAGGACUCAAAAGUUGAAGAACGCAUUGAAAGCCUCACAGGUAUUGUGAGCGAUAAUUGGCUUGCUUGUGAUUCUGACACAACUUGGAUGUAAUGCCAGGCUGGGUAGAUUUUUGUCUUCAGACACAAGAUUUCUUGUCAUUUACGCACUUGCUUCUACAUAUUUACAUUAUUCCAUAGCAUUUUCUCAGUUUGAGGUCGCCGACUGAGCGCUGAUGAGUUUAUCAAUCCUCGGACUUUGAAAGUUGACCCCCUUUGGAAUGGCAGAUCAGCAAUUAUUGUGGCUGGAUUACAUAAAAGGGUAGUUAGAUCUUUGUGAAUUGAUACGAAUCAUACUUAAUUUUCAGUUCACAGAAAUUCCAGUACAUCAUUUAAUGUCACUUUAUUUCUGCCUUUCGAGGGUUAAGAAACAUUUAGUGCUGGUGAGAGCGAUGAGGUUCUUGCCAAUUUCUUGGCCCACCUAAUCCUAGGUACCUGUGCUUGCAGGCUUUUCCAUAGAUCUGACUUGAUUCUGGUGGAUGACCAAUUUUAUUCGGAGGAGAAAAGGCAUCUAUGAAAAACAAGGAUAGAGGGGGGAAAACAAAAAUGAUGAAGAAGAACAUGCGGGCUGGAAAUAGUUAUAUUUAUGCAAAGUGUUUCAUAAAGAGUUGCUUAAAAAAGCUCUCCAACAGUACGAAUGUUAUAUUUCGUUUCUCUUUAUAACUAAAUUUCACACAUUAUUGGAUUUUAUUACAAAUUUUACUUUUUAAAGACGUUUUGAAGGUAUGCUAUCCGAUUUAGUUCCUAGGUUUCUGAGUCGGCCAACGUUGGUCUAUUUUAACGAGUCCUCCUCUCUUGGUUUUCCUGUCUCUUUUGACCACUUUCAAGGACUUGAGAUUAGUCUUUGACAUGUGGAUCGUUUGUUAGAGAAGGGGUAUAGAUGUGAUUUCAAUGUUUACUUACAUUGAUCUCAGACUCGUACUAGUACUUUAGUUUAUAUCCAUCUCAGAAAUGAUUUGAACAUUCAAGCUUCUCUCGGAAUUCUCGGACCUAUUUAGAAUUUAAUCCCACAAGUCUGAAAAGUAAAGUCUGUAGAUUUAGAUUGAGAUAGAAGGGGCCAAAUUUUGCUUUGGUCUAUCCUUCAUCAAGUAAAUCUACUUAUUUAAUCUAUGCGAAACUUUUUUCCAUGUUUCACUCAUUCGCAAUGAAAUUGAUUAGAAGUUAUAUUUGCGGGUGUAAAUGUUUGAAAAGAGGAAAUUAACGUGAGGCAAUGACCUUGGGCUGAUUGCAUGUGUGAAGGUACACGACCGCUUUUUCGUGACAUGAUAAUGUAUAGGCUUUUAGUGGCUCCCUGAUCCAUAAUUUUAGAGAUUAUUUUGAUUUUCUAUUUUUUCAUUUCAAGUGUCUAAAUUUCCAGCCUAAAUCUUUCGUGUUGAUAAUUUUUUUUAAUUAUUCACAGGGACAACAUUGUCUGAUCGAUUGAAUGAGAGACAAAAGGACUUUGAGGAAAGGUACACCAGUUCCUUCAAUCUGGAAAACAAGGUACUCAUUUUGAUGAAAUUGUACUUAUUUUGGUGAAAUUUCUUUAAGAAGUUUGGUACAGAAAAAUGUUGUUCCGUCCAUAAUCUUCUAAAUGAUGAGCAAAUGUAUAGAAUAUUAUGUUCAAAUCCUAAAAAAUCCAUAAUUAAGAAAUAAUAUAUUAGUUAUCAAAUUCCAGUGAUGGAGAUAAGAAGCAAAACAAUGUCAAGGCCAAGAGGCGUCAUAUAUGCAUUAUACGUGAGUUUAGCUCGAUCUUUAUCACCACAUUGUUUGGAAUCUACCUUGAAUGAAUCUGAUGUCUUUUUUUUUGGGUAUGAAAAUUGAGGUUUUUUCCCCUUCCAUUGCGUUUGAACAAAGUUUUCCCUCCAAAAAUUUGGAGAAUACACAUCGGUGAAUCUAGAAAUCCUGACAUGUUCAACCUCCAGCGGUACACAACAUCACUGAAUUCAUAAUAUUUUUCUGGUUCAGUUUGAUGCGGAGUCCACUCUCGUGGGUAAGACAGCCAUUGCAAACCUUCUUGGGGGCAUUGGCUACUUCUAUGGGCGGUCAAAGAUUGCACUUCCAAGAGGCUCGACUGUAAGUCGGUGACAUCACUGCAGUUAAAUCGUUGGUGCGUUUGCCCAGUACAAUUAAAUUUCUCUGUUCCUUUCUUUUCCAGCUUAAGAAUGGAGAUACUUUUGCCCCUUACUGGCCAUCUGCGCUAUUCACUGCGGUUCCGAGCCGAUCUUUCUUUCCCAGAGGUUUCCUAUGGGACGAGGGCUUUCACCAGUUGCUUAUUCGGUCAGUUGUCGGCUCAUCGCUUUGCCAUUAAUCGUUCGAUGGACUUCUCCUGCAAGCUCAUGUAGCUAGUUAUGUGAUGAUAUGCAUGUUUCCUGCACCAGGCGUUGGGAUAUUGGUCUUUGCUUGGAUAUUAUUGGGCACUGGCUGGAUCUCAUUAACGAGGAUGGAUGGAUUCCUCGGGAGCAAAUCUUGGGGGCUGAAGCUUUAAGGUGGCGCCACAACUUUCCUUCCUCUGAUGAUCAUCUAAGUGAAGUAUGAAAGAUAAAUUGUUCUUCUCACUUGAUGCAGCAAGGUCCCGCAAGAAUUUGUGCUCCAGCAUCCAACAAAUGGGAAUCCGCCAACUCUGUUUCUUGUCAUACGCGGUAAUUAGCUUCACUGGGUCACUUUUGUUUAUCAGUUCUAUCUGUGGUGAGGAGUCCUCUUGAAGGUUGUUUCUCGGAGGGCAGGCUGUGGCCUAGUUUUCUAUGGUUCUCUGGAUCCUCUCUCUCUCCCUCUCUCUCUCUCUCUCUCUCUCUCCCCUUUGGAAUGAUCCGCAGCUGUCCAUAGUUCUUGCUGCAAAUCCUCUGCCUAAUUGGUCAAAAUCUGAAUUCUUCAGAACUCGUGAAGGGCAUAAAAGGCAACAAAUUCUCUGCUCCUCAGACGAAGGAAAUUUCUGCAUUCUUGGAACGAGCUUUCGUCCGCUUGGAGGCAUGGACACGAUGGUUCAAUAAAACUCAAUCGGGUAUGGCCAAGUCCGUGACAAUAUCUUCUGCUCUCUUUCAUAACUUGCAUAUAUAUCUGCGAUUUUAUUAUUAUUAUCGUUAUUAUUUUACUGAGCUUGAUGAUCCUCACAGUUUCAGAGGAAUCUCCUUGGGACAUCUAAAAUUCUGUUAAACACAGAGCAAGUCCUCUCCUUACUUGUUGGGGUUUAGGAUUUAGGGUUUAGGUUCAUGGUAAUUAGAGGUCAAAUUAGUCACUUGAGUAGGCCUUCUAGAUCGUACUGCUUGAUUGCAAAGUAUCGGGCAUCUUCCCCUCACUGGGUCUCCACGUUGCUUGUUAUAUUUUUUUUAUGAUGAACUGUAGGCAUCAUCUUGUCAUGUUCUUGUCGUCAAGUUCAUGCUGUAACAACUGUAAAAAAAAAUUAGGGGCAGAUCAGAUGGCAGCCACAAUUUAUGAUGCUGGGCUCAAUCUGAAUCACACAAGUCCGAUUUUCUCUGGGAGAUUCCAAAAUCCAUGUAGUUCCCAGUUUCUUGGAAUCAGAUCAGGUAACAAGAUCCUGAUGUUGGUAACAUUGAUCAGGAAGCUGUUGAUUCUGGAGAACUUUUUCCACCGGUUCAAAUCCAAGUGAGUCAUUCUGCAGUUGGACGCAAGCAGAUUACAUAAGUCAACGGGCAUUAGAAAAAACAUGUAUAUAAAAGAGAAAAGAUUGAAAAUUUUACCUUGUCCCUGUGUUCUUGUCAUUAAUGGCGUGCUCUCAACUCCAAGGUUUCUCUCUCUACCAUGAAAUGAUUUCAGGAAAGGAUCCGUACUCCUAUUAUUGGCAUGGGCGAGACAACGUUACGACCAGGGAGUUGAAUCCAAAGGUUAUUUCUCACCAUCCCCGUGAAAAAUCUGCCUAAAGAUCGAUCAAUGGGGCAUCGAGAUUUUUGGCUCAUCUCGUUUUUAAUUUAUUUUCUUACUUAUUAACUGUUCUAAGCUUGCUUUUUUCAGACAUUAUCAUCUGGAUUAGACGAUUAUCCUCGGGCAUCCCACCCGGACGAUCACGAGCGCCACGUGGACCUGAGAUGCUGGAUGCUUCUUGCUGCAGAAUGCAUGCAUUCCAUCGCCGAGCUUCUUCAGACUGAAAAUCAGCAGGUGCCCAUGAUUCUUAAUCUCUGCAAGUUCCAUUCUUUUCUGGUCGAUCGACCUCCUCCUCCUUCUCUGAGCAGUCUCUGGCGGCCAAACUCAGGUUUAUCGGGAGAUGCUGCAGCAACUCUCUGACUUUGAGUUGCUGAAUCAGGUACGUUGUUCUUCCUCCUCCCGCUGACCUUUUCACUGUCAGAAGUUCGCAUCCCUCUGCUUUAAAUCUCCAGAUCACUAUUGAUCUCUCUCUCUCUCUCUCUCUCUCUCUCUCUCUCUCUCUACCACUGCAGAUGCAUCUUGACGAUGCAACCGGGGCGUACUUCAAUUUUGGUAACCACACCGAGAAGGUGAGAGCUUUUUAUGCAGAAUUCUGUUAAUCUAGCGGGUCAAUUCGACGGAUUUGCAGAGAAUUCACCACAAUUCUUGUUUUUUUUUUUUCUGUGUUCUUGUUCAAUCUGAGAGCAAAACUGAGAGGGAAAUCUUCUGCCCUGUUCUCUGUUUGAUCUGCGCAGGUACGCCUCAAGUGGUUCAUGGAGAUGCGGGGAGAAAUCCGAACCCAAGAACUCCGAAGAGAAGUCUUAGAGACCCCCCGCCUGCAACUCGUUCCCCACGUCGGGUACGUCAGCCUCUUCCCCUUCAUGAUGGGCAUCAUCCCUCCGGUGAGUCUCCCUGGCCACCUUUCCCAAACCCUAGAAAUCGAGCUCUUCUUCUUCUUCUUCUUCUUCUUCCUCUUCCUCUUCUGCUCAGACGGGGCUGAUGGGCAUCAUCCUCAGGGAUCGGAGAUCCUCGGGAAGCAGCUCGAGCUCAUCUACAACCGCACCAGCUUGUGGACAGACUACGGCCUCCGUUCACUCGCCAGAACCAGGUGAUCCUCCUUCCAUGGCAGGAAGAUCUCACGGCAAGAAAUAUCUCCCAAUCGAGAGAUUCUCUGUUGCUCAUCAACUGCGGAACCCAUUGUUGCAGCUCGAUGUUCAUGAAGCGGAACACAGAGCACGACCCGCCCUACUGGCGGGGCCCCGUCUGGAUGAACAUGAACUACAUGGCCCUCUCUGCGCUCCACCAUUACUCCCAAGGUACAAAGGAAAAACCCUAACCCUACAGAGGUGACGAAACCCUAAUCUUCUUCUUCUUCUUCUCUCAGAGGAUGGGCCAUAUAAGGACAAGGCGAGGACCAUAUAUGACGAGCUCCGGGGGAACUUAAUCAGGUCAGCGAGAGAUCCUUCUUCCCAGCUUCGUAUCUCCAUGGCCGUCGAUCUCUUCACGGCUUUGAUCUUCUUCUUCUUCUUUGUUGCAGAAACAUCGUUCAGAACUACAACAAGACUGGAUUCCUCUGGGAGCAGUACGACCCCAAGAACAAGGGAAAGGGCAAGGGGGCGCGGCCGUUCACCGGCUGGACGAGCCUCGUUCUUCUGAUGAUGGCGGAAACCUACCCAGAUCUUUAG